AAACUAUCGAUUUUUAUUUUUUCCUACUUUGAGUGUUCUUGUGAAUGAUAAUUACAAAAUGAUGGAUCAGGAGACCGCUAGAAAGCUUCUCGUUGAAGGUGGUACCUUCGUCUUCCUUGGCGUACCAGAAGAGACGCAAUUUGGGAUUGAUAUGCAAUGCUGGAACACUGAAGAGGAUUUCCGCGGUAUAAAGAUGAUUCCUCCGGGAUUACACUACAUACACUAUUCGGCUGUAAGCAAAGGCACUGGGGAUGUGUCGCCAAGGUCCGGUUUCAUGCAUUAUUUCCAACAGAAAGAGUUUGUCGUGAAGAUGUGGGAUAAAAAGGCUGAGGAUAUAAGCAAAGAAGAAAUAAGUGACGAAAGCAUUCAACGUCUCAAAGACAAUCUCUUCAAUAUUGAUCAACACUUGGCGCCAUACCCUUAUGAAAUAUGGCAAAAGUGGAAACUACUUACAACACAUAUUACAGCUGAACUCGCAGCAAAACUUUCCCCUGAAUGUGGAAUAAUCCGGUCUGCCGUUGAGCUCAUGAGCAUGACAGAUGAGGAGAGACCACGAGGUGCAAAAGGAAAGGUUCCGGAACAAAUGGAAAGUCAAGAAGAGAACAGUGAGGAGUCGCCACCACCCAGCGACCCACAGGAAGGCUGUUCUACUUCUGGCCAGUCCGAUGCUAAAAGGUUCAAGAGACUCUCCAAUGAAGAAAAACUUAACGCUAUGUUACCAAACUUAAAACCCACGCCAGGCACAUCCCUACGAUUCACGGAGAUACCACGUGACAAAUUCCCGCCAGGAUCCACACCAGAGGAGAUCACUAAACAUUAUUUGGACCAGUCGUAUACCUUGGAACUCAUGAUAGCCGAGCAUGAAGAACCAUUACAUAUUGUUGGAGAACUUCAGUUUGCUUACCUGUGCUUCUUGAUUGGCCAUUCUCUUGAUGCAUUUGAACAUUGGAAGAACCUAGUCAUACUCUUCUGCUCUUGCGACGAUGCCUUAAACAAUCACAAGAAUCUAUUUUUCCAUUUUGUCAAAACACUGGAAAGUCAAAUAGAUGAAAUGCCCGAGGAGUUUUUAACUGACAUAGUCAUGAACAAAAAUCUUGUGUACAAAAAGUUGAGGGAGUUUUUCAGGACAGUGUACACAAGCAAUAUUGAAGGCAGAUUUCUGAACCUUAUAAAUGACUUCAAACAUGGUUUGACUGAGAAGUUUCAAUGGGAUUUCACAGAAUUAGAUGCAGAUGAGGAUGAUGAAAGGCCGGUUGUGGUAAAAUUGGCUGAAAGUGUAGAUGUUUAA